AUGCCAGAACCUUAUUAUUAUAAUGUGUAUAAGAGUCUCCUGAUAAGAUCUAUCUCGCCUUUAUAUUAUGUGCAAAAUUUAACCCAUCGAUUCAUGAAACGACAGAUAUCAACCAAAAGGAAUCGCCUAACUAUCCCCCCCGCCAGUGCAGUAAAAAUCCACAAGGGGGGAGGUAGUGAAAUCGUCUUGAAAGCAGUCAAAGCCAGAAGUAAAUUGCUCUGCAUGGAAAAGGAUGAGGAAAAAUGGGGGGGUACCGUAUAUAUCUAUAUAUAUAUAAUAUCUAUGAGAUCAAAUGGGAAGAACAAAUAA